AUGCCGUUCAACACAGCCCUGACGCGCAGGCUGGGCAUUCGCGUGCCCGUGGUGCAAGGAGGCAUGCAGUGGGUGGGAUAUGCCGAGCUGGCCUCGGCAGUCAGCAACGCCGGCGGACUGGGAAUAAUCACCGCCCUAACCCAGCCAACCCCUGAAGACCUACGAAAAGAGAUCCGCAAAUGUCGCACCCUGACCAAGAACCCAUUCGGCAUCAACCUGACCCUCCUCCCCGCCCUGGUGCCCCCGGAUUACGGCGCCUACGCCCAAGUCAUCAUCGACGAGGGAAUCAAGAUCGUCGAGACCGCCGGCAACAACCCGGGCCCGGUGAUUUCGCAGUUGAAGAAGGCCAACACGAUUAUCCUGCACAAGUGCACCACGAUCCGGCACGCCAAAUCCGCCGUCAAGCUCGGCGUGGAUUUCCUGUCCAUUGACGGAUUCGAGUGCGCCGGCCAUGUCGGUGAGAACGAUAUCACCAAUUUCAUCCUCUUGAGCCGUGCGCGUCAGGACUUGGGGGUUCCGUUUAUUGCCUCGGGUGGGUUUGCCGAUGGCCAGGGGUUGGCGGCGGCGCUGGCGCUUGGUGCUGAGGGGAUCAAUAUGGGGACUCGCUUUAUGAGCACCGUCGAGGCGCCGAUUCACCAGAGGGUCAAGGAGGCCAUCGUCAAUGCCCAGGAGACUGACACUGCUCUGGUGCUGCGCCGCUGGAAGAACACUACCCGCCUCUUUGCCAACAAGGUUACCCAGGAUGCCCUGAAGGUGGAGAAAGAGAGCACGACGGGGGAAUUCAAGGAGAUUGGGCCGUUUGUCAGUGGCCAGCGCGGUCGCCAGGUCUUCUUGAAUGGGGAUGUUAACUUUGGCGUGUGGACGGCCGGUCAGGUCAUCGGGUUGAUCCAUGAUAUCCCUACCUGCAACGAGUUGCUCACUCGCAUCGAGAAGGAGGCCCUGGAGGCUAUGAACCGAACCCGGGCGUUGUACAGCGAGUCUCCGGCCAGCAAGCUCUAA